ACAGCGACCGUUACCCAACGGCCGAGACUCGCGCCCUCCCCACGUGCCCGCCCUCUGCGCGCGGGCCGCUCCGGACCACCGCCCCCAUCGUGACGUCACUUCCGGCGUCCCGCCCGCUCUCAAAAUGGCCGCAGGGUUUCGGUGGUUGCGGUGUUGGCGCUCGCUCGUCAGGCACAGCCUUCCGGCGCUGGCCAGCACCAGCAGACGCUGCCUUCCUGGUGGGAGCGGGCGGUGGCGCCGCGUGGUGGGCGCAGGGCUGGGAGCGGCUCUGUGCGCGGUCCCGGUCGUAGAGAAACAGAACUCAGCUUCUCUCAGUAACGAUGCCUUGAUUAAAAGAGCAGUUUCUUUGGUAACAGACAGUACUUCCACUCUCCUCUCUCAAACAACAUAUGCAUUGAUUGAAGCACUGACAGAGUAUACAAAGGCAGUUUAUACGUUGGUGUCUCUCUACAAGCAAUACACAAAUCUUCUUGGGAAAAUGAACUCAGACGAAGUGGAUGCAGUCUGGCAGGUGGUAAUAGGAGCCAGAGUUGAUAUGACAACAAAACAGCAAGAAUACCUAAGGCUAGAAUCCAGCUGGAUGACAGCAUUACGUCUUUCAGAGAUGGCAGCAGAAGCUGCGUAUCAAUCAGGUGCAGAUCAAGCCUCAGUGACAGCUCGUAGCCACAUUCAGCUAAUCAAAUCACAGGUGCAAGAAGUGCGGCAGCUGUCCCAGAAGGCAGAGACCAAGUUAGCUGAAGCUCAAACAGAGGAGCUCCUAAAAGCUCAAGGAGAGGAAUCUUCGUUGCCUCAGGGUAUUUUAGGAAGUACAGAUGCAGGUGAGGACCCUUAUCUUCGGGAAGACUGAAAUGAACUUAAGUGUCACUUUAGAACAUGUGAGAAUCAAUCAGAAGUUGAAGGGUCCCAAACUUUGAAGUAUUGGAUAGCAGGAAACUUCUGAAAUAAGCCUGUGACUGCAUUCCUACCCCCCCCUCCCCACUAGGCUUGCUUUACAGAUCAAGUCAAUUCCAAGAAUCUGAAAGGCCUUGACCUUGUUUAUAAUUAUGGAUUCAGUUAUUUAAGUGUUUAACUAUGCAAAUGUGAAAAUUGCUAUCAACGAUAGCUUGUUGUUAAUUGUCUCUGCUGGGAAUAUCCUACCAAUGGUUUGGUAUGUUUGUGAGAGCUCUCUAACAUAGAGGAUAAGUAGGUAUCAACCAAAGAAUUGUAUUUAAGUUAUUAUUUUUAACCUGUGGAGUAAAUAAUGUCUGUUAGUAGAUAACUUUAUUAAAUUGUGCAUAUUCAUUUCAUUCCAAGUAUGCCCACAUAGAUAAAAGAUUAAGUGCUGUUUUCUGUUUUGACUUAAAAGCUUGUAACAGAGUUGAGUCUGAUAGCUAUAUCUAAUUGCACUUAAUUGUAAUCAGGGGAACUGCUUGCUAUAGAGCUGAAAACCUGCUAUGGAGUUAUCCAAGAUCCUCUCAGAGAAGUUUUGCACGGUUCAGUACAACAGCUUCUUUCACCCAAGAGUCAGUGCUUGUAAUACAUCUGCCUUCCCCAGGAAGCAAAAGGAGAUUCGAUUGACAAAAUAUUGUGGUUGCAGAGUGGAAACUGCUGCAGAUUUUAUAAAACUAAACAAAAGUGAGUUUUACAUAUCUGAAUGCUUUCCAGCAAAAGUUUCAAAAAAAUAAUCUUCAUUUUCUCUUUCUGUAAUCUUAAUGUUUCACAGCAGACUUCAAAACCACAGGUAUCUUCCGUUGUGUUCAUUUCCUAACUUAACAGCUUAAUAUGAAAUUUGCAGUGUUAACUGUAUAAACAAUAAAACCUUAGCUGAGA